AAACAGACCAUACUUUGGAGGGUUGCUCUAGUUAUAUCCUCCGCCAUUUGCCAGAGCUAGAAAGGGUCCCUGUUCUUCUUCAGAGGUUUACAAUGUGGCUAUCACCUCGUCCACGACUUAUUGCUAGACUGCUCGAGAUGUAUAUGGCAGUAAAACGCGUUGGGGAAGUCCAAAAAAUUACCAUACCACAAGAUUUUGUCCAGCACGAUCGAGGCAUUGACUGGAUACCGGCCCAUGGACGCUGCAUUCUUGGAAUCACAAGAGGAGGAGAUACCGAAUUCCAUUCUCAGUGAAUACUUUCCUCCUAGUGCCAUGGGAGUGAAGAAGCAGGUAGAGCAUGAAAACAAUUGUGACUUAAUGAUGACAGUCUCACGACUUCUAUAUCGCUGGAUUCUUAGCAACCCUUCAGGUCGGGAGCUUUCUCACGAUCAUGCUUCCAGACUCGUCGACUUCGGGGUCACCUCUCUUCCCCCUACUGUGGCUCGAACCCCAUAUAAAUUUACGAGAGACGUAGCGGAAAGUGUCGCUUUGACAGAGCCUUGCGGUGCACUGUCAUUAAUGGCGCUCCUUGGCUCUGCUGGAGCAGACCCUCUCAAAGCUUCCAUGAGGGAGGCGGUAUUUGAUGUGGAAGAAAUCGCAGACGAGAAGGAUAUCUUCAAGAGAGGUAUAAUAUUGGUGUUGAUGGAAAAGCUGGGAAAGGAAGCCGGUUGCACCUUGGAUGACAUCCUUCAGUUUCACGAUGGUGCUCCUCCCUGGACGAAGGAGUGUUAUCGUCUGAUCUCCUUUGUGAGGAACAGCGACAGCGGUGCGCAAAUCCCUGUCCGCGUUACGUGGAAGUCGGGUGCAUCUCCUCACCUGGGGUUCAAAGCCCGAGAACCCGACGAUGUUAUGUGUUGGAUAAAGGAUCCGAAUGGUGUUCCCUUCAUUUUUCCAGAUGCACAUCAUUGGUCGGAUGCUCUUGCUAUUGUUGAGAAUCUGACGACAUUGGAGAGGUCGAUGCUGGUUAUUCAGGACAGGACUGAAGCAACUGAUGUCAAGGAACCGCUCUCAACCUCCUGUUAUAUGGAAGAUAAUUGGUUAUCCCCCCUGUUGGAUGCUGAGAAUACAAUGCUAGGGGAAGUGCAACCCGGAAAAUGCCAAAACGUUACCACCCACCACCCUAAGCGAGACACUGACGCGGGCACCUUUGAUUAUUAGCGUUGUCGCAACCACCUGUGAUAACUCAAGGCUAGAGCACGAGUCGGAUGCGCCGAUUGGAAUACUUCGUUUUGACAAAAUCUGACGUUACAACAAUCCGGUUCUUCUUUACCCUAAAUGCCUUGCUUCCGAUUCGAGGCCGCCAAUUUUGGUUUAAAUUGCAACAAUUUGCACAUUGGUA